GUAGUUAUAAAAACUAUUUGUUCCUUACUUUAUUUCCCGCUGUUUAGAAAUCUUCGCGGCAUUAGUGCCUGUUUAUUACCUGUUAAUUCGCAGAUGAUAUCCAUGAUGGUAAUGAAUGUUUGUAAUGAACGUGAUUUUGCCGAUAUCAGAUGGGAAAUACUGGCCUUGUUUUACACGGGUGUGUAUUCUUUGUUUAAAAAUUUUAGCCAAAUGUUAAAUCUUUAGAUUAACAGUUGUACAUUGCGAACAUUGUAUAGUUAAUCCGGUUUUAGCUACUUUCAAUAGUCCAUGUUAUUUUUCUCGAGGAAAACUUGGCUUGGAAUCAGUGCUUUCUUGCGAGUUAACACUGAGCGAUUAUCGAAUCACUUUCCUAAGCAUGUCAAGACUGAAACGUGUAUAAUUUUUAUACGUACUGUUUUUUUUUUUCUUUCUUCCAAUGUUUUUCGUCGCUGGUUAUCACUAACAACUUGAUUUAAAUUUGAUGAUUCGAGCACCGUUUUCAAACGUGGCCUUUCAUUGUUUAUUUUGCUUUGCCGAUCGAAAUGCUCUUUUUGGUGACACUAUAGUAUCAGUGAACAUCCAUAAAUUUGUCUUCUUCUUUUUCGAUUCGAAUUAUUAUAGAGUAUAAUACAUUUAAAAUAAAACAUAGACCCGUCCCCCACUGUUGGUUUCUCUUAAAUGUUCAGUAAAUCCGUGAUGAAUGUAUUUUCUUGUUAAUCAAGAUUUCCUUUUAUUUUGUCAAUUUUUUUAAGUACAGUUUCACGUGGCAGUAAGUUUUAAGAGUAAAAAGCAAUUAUCUCUCGUGACAACCUAUCUUAUAGUUAAACUAUCUGUUUCCUGCUAUUGGAGUGUUAUGGCUAUUUGUAUUUUCUUUUACACUAAUGUACGAAAUAAACACUGUCUCUUAGAGGCAGUGCAUUACACAGGUCCAUAUUAGCAAAAAUUCAGUGAAGCCCGAGACUUUUGAAAGUCUCAGGUUUCGCUGAAUUUUUGCAGUUUCACCUUAUUUCAGCAUAGUAUUUGCCAUUAGUUAGCAUUUCUUUCCUAUCAAAAAGUGGAUCAUUGGAUAAUGCAAUUCAAGAGUUUUGAUUGGCUUAGCCAUCAUGGUAGAUGAGCUAUUACAUCAUACUCUACAGAUAUAUGGCAAGCGCACGCGUAAGAAUAUAAACAGCGGUGACAAAAACAUGAGUUUAGGGCAAGAGUUUAGAACGAGAGUUCGGCGUACGGAUUUUUGAGUGUGCCAAGUUGGAACAUCAUUCCUUUUUCGCUGUGACUAUAUGAUUCUCGCUGUUUGAUAGGAAAAACCGCUGACUGUUCUUAACAUGGAUCCCGGACUAAUUUACUUAGCACGAUUGAUCGAGAGAUACUUGACCAGCGGUCACGUGUGGUGGCACAUGCCGCUGGUAUUGACGAUGGCUUACACGUUAUUAGUGAGAGAAAGACUGCUGUAUAAUGCUCUGUAUGAUUCCUAUCCCAAUCCACUGCCACAGGUCAAAAUGCGCUGUAAUGAUCCAGUGUUAGGGGAUGGCUAUAUAGGCUGCGUCAAAGUGUCUAUGCUGAUGGAUUAUGGAUUCACGGAGCAGUACUUAGCUUUAGUAACUCCUGAGGAUUGCAUUGCCACGUGUAAAACUAACAUGUUUCCUUAUGCAGCACUACACAAGAGCAGGAGAUGCUAUUGUGGUAUGGGGUACGAAACAGAAGCGAUAGUUAGAGAGUGUAAAUGUCGACGAAAGUGCACAGGGAACAAAAAGAAGCGAUGUGGGGGUGGCGAUCAUGCUUCCCUCUACAAUACGUAUUUCUGUACAGAGAGAAUGAAAGCAGCUCGGACUAUCGAUGGAACGUGUAACGACCUCAACAACACUGCUGCUGGAAGCAGGUUUUACCGGUUUGGCAGGAACGUCCCGUUACAAUAUUCCUACACGGACGAAACACGUCUCCUUCAACCCAAUCCACGAAUUUUAGCCCGAAAGUUGUUACAACGCAAGAACUUUCUUCAGGUUCCUUGGUUGAAUCUCUUUGGGGUGGCCUGGGUCCAGUUUAUGGUACAUGACUGGUUUGACCACGGUACGCCAAUCACGGAACACCGAAUAAAAGUUCCUCUACAGCAAGAUGAUCCGCUACAUUCAAAACUGAAGGGUUUCAUGAAAAUUCUUCGUACUAAACCAGACACUUGUAAAACUAACUAUUACGAACCACCUACCUACCAGAAUGACGUCACACAUUGGUGGGACGGCUCACAGCUGUAUGGCAGUGACAAAAAAACGCAUGCACGCGUUCGCGCCUUCGUUGACGGUAAACUGAAAGUUGACGAUGAUGGAUUGCUGCCUGUCGAUCCCAGGACCAAUAUCGACAUCACCGGAUUCUCCAAAAACUGGUGGGUUGGAUUAAGCAUUCUUCACAACCUGUUCACAAGAGAGCACAACUUAAUCUGCGACAUGCUGCUGAAGAAUCAUCCCACUUGGACAGAUGAUCUCCUCUUUCAAACAGCAAGGCUUAUCAACACAGCUCAAAUAGUUCAAAUCCACACCCGCGAAUGGACUGCUGCAAUACUGAACACGGACUUCAUCCACGAGUCACUGUUUGCACAGUGGUACGGCAAGCUGAGCCCGAGGAUCUUGAAGAUGUUAAGAGACAUGAACAUCACCGUACAAGCAAACAGCUUCCCCACACACCAGGGGAACCCUCCGGACUAUAGAGGGGUUCCAUUUUCCCUGACUGAAGAAUUCGUUUCGGUGUAUAGAAUGCAUUCGUUGUUGCCAGAUAACAUUGCCAUUCGUCGAAUGAAUUCAGGUCGUUUCAGUGGAAAGGCCUACAGCCUUCCGAAGUUUUCUUUCGACAAUGCUCGCACCGUGUUCGAUGAGAACCAGCUGGAGGACAUUCUGUUCACAUUUGGAGUGGAGAAAGCAGGGCAACUCGUGUUACAUAACUAUCCUACAACGCUUAUGAGGCUUAAGAUACCAAGACAUCAGAAAGGAGGACGAUUUCUUGACCUGGCAACUAUCGACAUUUUAAGAGACCGCGAGAGAGGAGUCCCACGAUAUAACCAAUUCAGACGGUUACUGAACUUAACAGCACCAGACACCUUCGAGAAACUCACCAAUGACACCGUAAUCGCUGCGGAACUCAGAGAGGCGUAUAACGGCAUCAUUGAAGAUGUCGACCUUCUGAUUGGCUCACUGGCCGAAGCGCGUCCAGAAGGGUUUGGCUUUGGAGACACUCCGUUUCAUCUUUUCCUGUGUAUGGCGAACCGCCGUCUGAAGACUGACAGGUUUUUGACUAUUGAUUACAAAGAAGAGUACUACACUAAAGAAGGGCUGGAUUGGGUUGAGAGCUCCACCAUGAAGAAAGUAUUGCUGCGAAAUUUUCCUGAAGUAGCGGGACUGAGUACCUCCAUGCAGAAUAUAAAAAACGCCUUUUAUGUCUGGAAUAAAUAACAAAAAGUGACUUUAGGAUUUAAGAGCCAGAUCCCUUAGUUUAAAAUUCAUCUUAUGACUGUCUGUUAAACCAAUCAAAUCAAACUGUACAUUCUUAACCAAGGAGCUGGUCAACAAAUAGCCUAACACGGAAGAAUCUCCUUUUAGGCUUGCUCGGCAUCCACCAUAAAACCGUGUCUUUAGAAAUCGAGGAAAUUGCUUCAGUAGUUUUCAUGAACGUAACGGAUUCGAGAGCAUCCGCUGAUUGCAUAAGAAAUGUGCUAGUAUGAGAGUCAACCUGUAACAGACGUUAAACUUAGUUAUAUGGAAAACCGAAACAAACUUCUAUGGUGUUAAUUAAAUAAUAGAUGGAUUGGCUUUUAACCAACCUGAUUCUGAAGCAAAUCGCUUACAGUCCUCAGGAGACACUUAAAAUAAAACCCGGCAACCCGGGUUUACCGGCUUACUUAUUUUCUCACUUCCCUAAACGAUAUAAAUUGUUACUCUGGUACAAGCACAUUAUAAUUGCUUAGCCAGGUGGUUCGGACUCCUAUGUGAACCUCAGUUCAACUGCAAGAAAGAUUCAAAUUCGUUUAAGUAAUCGCCCUCGAGAGUUUCACUUUUCCUGUCUGUAUGAAGUAAAUCAAAUUCUUUGCAAAGUGAUUACAACCAUUAACUAAGAAUUAUUUCAAGUUCGAAUCGGGCUAUUUCCCUUGUGUCUAUAGCGUUCAAAAUGAGUCUUCGUGGGAAACCAUUAAUAUGAAAAUGUGUUCCGCCUACAGGUUCAUUUUCAUGCAAAUCAAACUCAUUUUCAGAUGAAAGGUUUUGCACGAAGAAUCGUUUUGAAACAGAGGCACAUGGUAACUCUGAAAUGGCCUGUUACAGUCCUCUUAUGAAGAUUUUUUUUUUCAAACGAUUAAUCUAAAAAACAAGGGAACAGGGGAUCUGGACUCUUCUUAAAGGGCGUAGUUAAACAUGUUUAAAGUGAUUUAAGAUAUACUAAAAUUGUAUUCAAAAGUAGUCACAACGGUAAGAGUAAAUUGUUGUUUUAAAAUGACAAAA